AUGCCGGAAUCACAGUUGGAGAUAUUUGUGCGAGCUUUGUCUCGCCUCUUGGGUUGGGCCUAUAUGUUCAGCUGGUCGGCAUCCUUCUACCCUCAACCAAUCUAUAACUUCCAGCGCAAAUCUACCGUGGGCCUGUCGAUCGACUAUCCGACGGUCAAUUUCUUAGGCUUUACCUGCUACACCAUCUAUACCGCAGCCUUCUUGUAUUCGCCAUUAAUUCGUGACCAGUAUGCGGCCCGACACCCGGUUGCGACAGAACCGACCGUGCGGUUCAACGACUUUGCAUUUGCGGCGCAUGCCACCAUCCUCAGUAUAAUCAUCUAUACCCAAUUCUGGCCCUCGAUUUGGGGCUUUCAUGUUUCCCGUCUCCAGCGGAUCAGUCGGGCGAUGCUUGGGCUGUUCUGGGGCUCCAUCUUUGCACCUGUGGUGCUCACCUGGAUUGUCCUGGCCCGAAGCCCGGAUGCUGGCAAUGACCCUUUAGGGUGGGCCUGGAUUGAUGUGAUCUAUGCUUUCUCAUAUAUCAAGCUGUUGAUCACGGUGGUCAAGUAUGUUCCGCAGGCGUGGUUGAACUACAAGCGACAGUCAACAGUGGGGUGGAGCAUUGCGCCGAUGCUGUUCGACUUGGCGGGAGGUGUCCUUUCCCUGGUGCAGCUGGUGCUGGACUCGAGUCUCCAGCGCGACUGGAGCGGAAUCACCGGAAACCCGGUGAAGCUCCUGCUUGGCAAUGUCACCAUUUUCUUUGACUUGAUUUUCAUCGUCCAACACUAUAUCCUAUAUCGGGAUGCGGAGGAACCCAAGGCGCAGCGCGCCCACGACCCGACGACGCCUCUGUUGACUGAUGCCCAUGGCCAUGGCCGUCGAGCAUGA